AGAGUCCGCGCUCAGCUUGAGAGUGCGCCUGCGCCAAGUCCUGGGCGGUGCGGUUACCUGGAAACGGUGGCGCCGCGGUCCCAGGCCCAGCGUCCCGGCUUCGACAUGGCCAAAUUCGUGCUCGCGGGUAGAGCAGAUUGCCCGUAUUAUGCAAAAGCAGAACUUCUGGCAGAUUAUUUACAAAAGAAUCUUCCUGAUUUCCGGAUACAUAAAAUUACACAACAUCCUGAUGUUUGGGAGGAGUGGCUGGAAGAUUUGUGCAAAAAGAAUAGGUGGAGUCACAACAAGUCUCCUAUCAUCUGGAGAGAGCUGUUGGAUCGUGGAGGAAAGGGUUUGCUUUUGGGAGGAUAUAACGAGUUCCUAGAACAUGCACAGCUUUACUAUGGUGUCACCUCUAGCAUGACGACUGAGCUGAUGAAGAGAGUUGCUGAAGAAAACCUGGGGACACAUAUAGAAAAAGAGCUGGAGAAGGAAUCCCUGAAAGGUCUUGUUAACCCCUUGCAGGUCUGGAUCACCAGUGCAUCAUCUCUUGCCUGCUACCAUCUAAUUCCCAUCUUGACAAGUGGUGAAGUGUUUGGACCACAAAUGGAAAUCAGCAUAAACCUAUUUGACAAUAAGCACACAGAAGAAAUACUCAUAAGCCACAAACAAGAGGCUGAGGACCUGGCCUCACCCUACCUCCAGAGUGUGUCCAUCUGCACCCAAGCAGAGGAGGCCUUCCACGGGGCCCACGUGAUCAUCAUCCUGGAUGACCACGUGGACAAGGAGAUAUACAGUCUGGAAGACUGCAUCCGCAGCAGAGCUUCUCUGUGUCAGCUCUAUGGAUCCUUGAUUGAGAAAAAUGCUCACAAAUUUGCCAGAAUUAUUGUGGGAGGGAAAACCUUUGUGAAUCUCAAAACAGCUUUGCUUAUGAAAUAUGCCCCAACCUUUGCCUGCAAUAUUAUCGCUGUGGCCUUGGGUGUGGAAGGCCAAGCGAAGGCAGCACUGGCCAGGAAACUGAACGUUACUCCCUCAUGCAUCAAAGAUGUGAUCAUUUGGGGUAAUAUUAGUGGAAAUAACUACGUUGAUCUGAGAAAAGCCAAGGUUUACAGAUAUGAGAGCGCUAUUUGGGGACCUCCGCACUAUUCACGCCCUGUUUUAAGCCUGCUUUUUGAUAGGGAGUGGGUAAGCAGAGAGUUUGUGGCAGGUCUUAAAACGCUGACUGCCACAGGAAGACAAUUUGGAGGCAUGUUAGCCGCACACAGUGUGGCCACUACGCUGAAAUACUGGUGCCAUGGCUCACCCCCGGGGGAGACUGUGUCUCUAGGGGUGUUGAGCGAAGGCCAGUUUGGGAUUCCUAAAGGGAUUGUCUUUUCUAUGCCUGUGAAAUUUGAGAAUGGAACUUGGGUGGUUCUUACAGAUCUCAAAAAUACAGAAAUAAGUCAACAAGUAAUGAUCAGAAUGGCAAGUGAUCUAAUUCAGGAGAAACUUGUUGCACUUGGAGAGUUGGCAAAUUUUCAGCCGUAUCAAUCAGAAACUGACUUAAACCAAGAAGAUGUAACGACCACCUUACCGACCAAAAAUGACCAUCAGGGACAUCGAAAAUUGUCGAAUGACUAUAAAGAUUUGUUUACUGAUCUAUUGCCAGAUGAUGAAAAAGAUCUAAUUCUGUCAGAUGGUGAGUCUGUCGAGUGAUAAACAAUCUCCGCAGUGCUGGUGAUCAUGACAGACGUCGUCCAGUCUUAGAGAAUGACCUUGCGGUCAGAAAACACAGUCCAGCAACUGAAGUAAUUUUGAAAUAACUCUUUCUCAUACUCAUAGAUGCUUUGAAGGAGAGAUAAAAAAAGAUGGAAGGAAAUUUUAUUUUAAACCCAAAAUUGCUUCCGUGUCAUAACCACCUCAUCUCUCCUCAAAUACUCUAAUUUCAGCUCCAGCUCCCAUGUCUUGUUCUUCUCAAUUCCUCAUUACAAAACUCAAAAUGGCUGUCAGGAUCCUUCUCAGAAUAUGGGUGAAAGGAAGACCCUGACGAGCCCAAGUGAGAAAUCUCUUUAACAGGGGAAAUCUGGGAAAUUUUUAUACAUACUUACAUAUAUGUAUCUUGCAUAUAUUUGUAUAGAGGCUUAUAUAUAUAUUUAAAAAAUCUGCCUAAGGAGUUGUAUAUCCAGAAGAUAAUAAUAAUCUAUUCUGUUUGCAUCUUGACCACUUCUUCACUUAAUACUGUACAGGAGGGAGCCGGAAAAUGCUGGAACAUUGCCAGUGACCAAAGUUUCAGAGGGAGGUUGGUAGACACUUCACGGAGCGGUUUGGCUAG